CUCUCUCUCUCUCUCUCUCUCUGUGCCGGAUCGUUGUUGCUUCCUCCUUCGGCCCUAGGGUUCCUUGCUCCGCCGCUUCCUCCGAUUCGCGAUUCGAUCUCGUCGACAAUCCGCCUCGCCGUGAUCCGCGCCUCCCUCUCGAUCCAUUGCAUCCCCUCAUCGCUCCCGCGCGUCCUCGAUCGGGCCGGGUAUCGUAGCUGAUUCGAGCGAGUUUCGUGUUUUUUUUUUUUUUUUUUUUUGUGUAGGUUGGUGGUGGGGGUGGUGGUGGUAGGUGUGUCGCGGAUUAUGACGAUUCCCGAUACCGGCCUCAUGAUGAUGGACAAUGGGGCGAGCUGCUUGCCGGUCCCUCCGGACGAGGAGAGGCGCGUCGUCGAGGAGCUAACCGGCAAAGCGGAGGCCAAUCUGAAAGAAGGCAACGUUUACUUCGUCGUUUCUAAUAGGUGGUAUUGUUGUUGGCAGAAGUAUGUCAGACAAAAUAGUGACCGGUACUUGGCAGAUGAGCCGUCUUUGGAUUCUCAGAGAUUGAAAGUGGUUUCAUCAGAAAUGGCUGAGAGACCUGGGCCUAUUGAUAAUUCUGACAUAAUUUCUGAUGAGCAUUGCGAGGGUGAUCAAUUAGAGCUUCGUAGAAUGCUGGAAGAGGGGAGGGACUACGUUUUGGUUCCUCAACAAGUUUGGGAAAAGCUUUUUGGUUGGUAUAAAGGAGGGCCAGCUUUACCAAGAAAGAUGAUUUCGCAAGGUUAUCAUAACAAGAGUUAUAGUGUGGAGGUUUAUUUGCUUUGUCUAAAGUUGAUUGAUUCAAGAGAUAACAGCCAAUCGAUUAUAAGAAUAAGCAGAAAGGCUUCUACACAUGACCUAUAUGAGAAGGUGUGCAUACUCAGAAAAGUGGAUGUGGCGAAGGUUAAUAUUUGGGACUACUUUAAUAAGCAGAAGACUCUAUUGUUAGACCGCCCAAACAAGACCCUGGAGGAAGAAAGUUUGCAGAUGGACCAAGAUAUUCUCCUAGAGGUGCAAGUUGAUGGAGUUCCUCAUUCUGGAAAUGGCAUGGAUUCAACCCGAAAUGAUUUGGCUUUGGUAGUGCUUGAGCCUUCUAGGUCAUCUAUGACCAUCGCAGGGGGGCCAACCAUGUCGAAUGGUCAUUCAUCAGGGUAUAAUUUUUAUCAGAGAAGUGGAUUGAGUUCAUCAAGCUCUCGUACAGAGGAUGGGUAUGAUGUAUUUAAUUCUGCCAAUAAAGGAGAAAGGGGAGGUUUGGCGGGUUUGCAGAAUCUGGGAAACACAUGCUUCAUGAACAGUGCCAUCCAAUGUUUAGUCCAUACUACCCCUAUUGUUGAGUAUUUCCUGCAAGACUAUACAGAGGAUAUCAACAUGGAAAAUCCACUGGGAAUGCGCGGGGAGCUUGCCCUUGCAUUUGGUGAGUUGUUGCGAAAAUUGUGGUCAUCAGGGAGGACUACAAUUGCCCCACGUGCUUUCAAGGCAAAACUUGCUAGAUUUGCUCCUCAGUUUAGCGGUUAUAACCAGCAUGAUUCUCAGGAACUUCUUGCAUUCUUAUUGGAUGGGCUCCACGAGGACUUGAAUCGUGUGAAGAAAAAGCCUUACAUUGAGGCAAAGGAUUCGGAUGGCCGCCCAGACCGGGAAGUUGCUGGUGAAUCAUGGAGAUAUCAUAAGGCCAGGAACGAUUCAAUAAUUGUUGAUGUUUGCCAGGGUCAAUAUAAAUCAACGUUGGUGUGCCCUGUAUGUGGCAAGAUUUCAAUAACAUUUGACCCCUUUAUGUACCUAACACUGCCACUACCUUCAAGUGUUACCCGGACAAUGACAGUGACUGUGUUUUAUGGUGAUGGAAGUGGUCUGCUGACGCCAUUUACUGUUACCGUGCUUAAACAUGGUUGUUGUAAAGAUCUUACCCAGACAUUGGGAGCUGCAUGCUGCCUUAGGGCUGAUGAAUGUCUUCUGCUUGCUGAGGUUUAUGAACACAGGAUUUACCGAUAUCUGGACAACUCAUUGGAUUUAUCAUCAAUUAAGGAUGAAGAUUACAUUGUGGCGUACAGACUUCCUAAAGUAGGGGCAGGGAGAACAAAAGUUGAAAUUACUCAUCGCUGGCUUGAAAGGGUUGGGCCAGACACCUUCAAGGGCCAUGAGAGGAAGUUCUCUGGAACGCCUCUGGUUAUGUAUUUAGCAAAGGACUCAUUAUGCGGAGAGGAUAUACUUGGAGCUGUUGGCAAAGUGUUGUCACCUUUGAGAAGAGUAUAUUCUCCUUCUAAAAGUAGUUCUGAAAAGGCAAGUAGCUUUGUUUCAAAAGAUGGAGAGGAAUCAUCUAGUAGCAGCAAUGGCCAGUCUGGGCCAGGUAACGACGAAAUGGAAGGCGUAGAGGAUGAUUCAUCAGGUGAGCUACCAUUGUUCCAGCUUUCUUUGGUUGAUGAUAGAGGUGCAAAUCACAAACCCAUACAUAGGGAUACUGUAAUAUCUGGUCAAACUGUGAAGAUUGUGCUGGAUUGGACUGAGAGGGAGCUUGAACAAUACGAUGCAAGCUACCUCAUGGAUUUACCUGAGGUUCACAAGAGCGGGUUCACAGUAAAGAAGACCCGGCAGGAAGCUAUUUCUCUCUUUUCAUGCUUAGAUGCAUUCUUGAAGGAAGAACCACUUGGUCCUGAUGACAUGUGGUACUGCCCUGGUUGCAAAGAACAUAGACAAGCCACUAAGAAACUAGAUUUGUGGAAGUUGCCAGACAUUCUUGUAGUUCACUUGAAAAGAUUCUCAUACAGCAGAUACCUGAAAAACAAACUCGACACAUUUGUGAAUUUUCCCACUCACAAUCUCGAUUUAACCAAAUAUGUGAAAAGCAUUGAUGGGCAAUCAUAUGUGUACGAACUCUAUGCAAUCAGCAACCAUUACGGUGGAUUAGGUGGUGGGCACUAUACUGCGUAUGCCAAGCUGAUCGAUGAGAACAGAUGGUACCACUUCGAUGAUAGCCAUGUUUCUCCAGUUGGUGAAGCUGAUGUAAGGACUUCAGCCGCUUAUUUGUUGUUCUACCAGAGAGUAAAGACAGACUCGGGAGUCAGAGUGGGAGAGACAUCGCAGAGUCAUAUGAGCUCUUGAAUGCUCAAUUACAGAAAUUAUGUUGUUCGUCAUUGUGCGGUUCCGAGGAUUUGCUAGUUCCAUUGACAAGCUGGUUUCCUCCUAGUAAUGUGUUUUUUCAGCACAGCUGCAAGCACCUGGGCUGGAAAGGACCUGGAAAGAAGCAGGACUGGGAAUUUAAUUUUUUGGUGGGGGCGAUGAGAAAGGUGGAGCAAUGGAGAUGGACAGUCUUUGCAGAUUCAGAGAUGUUGCGAAACGUGGUCGAUAGUAGCCGGUGGUAGCCAGGGGAUUUUUUGGACAUAUUACUUGGCUACUAUUCAUGUUUAUUUUGAAGAGGGAUUUCAGUUCAUAGUCUUAAAGAGGUUCAUUUCAUUGUGCCGAUGGAUUGUGCCUGUAUUUAUGGGCAUUGUCCUGGCCAAUCUUCUUAAGACUUACUGUCCAAAUUGCGCGGCAAAUUGUAAUUGUCAUCUAUAUCUCCCAUCUCUAUAUAACCUUCUAUAAAAAGUGGUUCAGUUGGGCUUCGUA